AUUUCAAAUCAAAUCUUAAAUUGAUUCAGAGCACAUCGUCUUAGUAGUGUGAUAAGGAAAAUUUUCUUCCAAAGUUCACUUCAGUGGUUAAAGUGUUUGCUGUUAAAGAAAAUUUGUUUGCAGAUUGAAACGAAUGAAGGGGAAAUAACUUGAGAAAGCAGAGUUCCAUUACGACGAGUUGAAACGACGAAGACAGCUAACGAGAAAAAAUACACAAUAAAUAAAUUUAUCAAAGUAUAAUAAAGUUACUAGUUCCAGCUGACAUUUUUAUGAUUUCAUCUCAUAUUCUUCAAAUAACUUUGGUCUCUUUUGCUAUUAAAACCAAAUAAAAGCGUAUUACAAUCCUGAAACUACAUUAAACAUCUGGAUUGAGGUUUUCAUCUACUUAGAGAAUUUCUCCUGGGAAUUAUCACAAGAAGCAAAAAAGGCAAAAAUCCAUCAAAAUUCAAUAAUGAAAUUGAAUAAAUGUAAUAUUUUUAUGUUUGCUCUGUUAUUCUUGCUGUUGAUAAAUGACGUCUAUUCGAGACGUGGGCGAGCACGUGGACGCACAAAAUCAAGGAUGCAAAUUGGAUUACCAAUAACAGGCAAAUAUAGAGAUCCUGAAUCGGACCAGUAUUACAACCAUAACGAUGGAGCAAAAAUUUUAAUGGCAUCACACUUUGAUUAUGAAUAUGUUCUUGGUCAUAAGAUUGCAUUUCUUUGUAUUGCGCGAGGUAAUCCACGACCGCACAUCACUUGGUAUAAGGACGGUGCUGAGAUAUUUUCACAUCUUUAUAUGCAUGUUCAUGAAUGGUUCAUUGGAAAGGAUACUGUGAAAAGCAAGAUUGAAAUCGAUCCAGCCACACAGAUGGAUGCGGGUAUUUACGAAUGCACAGCUGACAAUCAAUAUAGUGUUGAUCGUAGAAGUUUUAAGACAGAUUUUUCGAUUGCUUUUGAUUAAUACUUUUUCAUAUAUUUCUGAGUAAAUAUUCACUCUGAAUUAAGUUGAAUCUUAUAUAAAAUGACUUUUAUAAAUUUUAACGGAAAAGAUUUAAAUUUUAAGGUUUGCAUCCAUUUGGACAGUUCCACUUGGACACUUUUCUAGUGACUCAAUAAGUAAACAAUAGAACAACGAGAAUUAUUUUUAUACAUAUUGAAAGUGUAAAUUUGUUGAAUUGACGUGUUAUAAUAGUUAUAAUAAAUAAGCAAUAAAUAAAAAUUGUUUCUAUUAUUAAAAAUAUAUAUUUAAGAUGAAAUCAUUUUUCCUGAUAAACAAGAAGCAAUGAGAACUGAAUAAUUUAUUUCUG